AUGAGUAUCACGUACAAUUUGGAGCAAAAACAGGAGCUGGGCAAUCUGUCUGAUGGUGUAACAUGCAAUAUAUUACCGGUUCACAUUGAUUAUACUGGAUAUGUGAGCUCAGGCUCUAAUGACUGGAAUAGGACUGUUGAACAAACACAAAUGACGGAUAAAUUGAAUAAAGGGUGGAAUGGAAUAUCCGAGGAGGAUCAGAAUAAGCCUGGUGAAGAUGCUGGGGUGUUAAACAAAAAGGACGAGCAUGCUAAUUGUGAUACUGAUAUAAGUAACCCCAAAGAUAGGGUAAAUGUUGCAUAUCUACGGGGUAGGCGACUUCUGGGGAGGGAAUACAACAUUAAAGAGAAGUACAAUUAUGAAAUAUCGGUGUUUCAGGAGAAGGACGAUGGCAUAGGUGGAAUUUCGGAUGAAAAAAUAUAUGAUAGGAUUGGUAGAGGUGAUAAACUUGUGAGUUAUGGACAUGACAGUCUUCCAGACAUAGAAAGCGACAGUGCGAAAAAGCUAGAAGAAUGGCUUGAGUUAAGCAAUGCCAUUCAUGGAAAUCAAGAGUAA